AUGUCUACUAAAAAAUAGGUUCAAGGAGGAAAAACAUCAAGAUCAAAUAGCAAAUAAUCUGCAUCUAACCCUACAUUGGUGAGAAAACGUUUUUCAUCAUUAUGUUCACCGUAAAUUAUUUGAUCUAAUAUAUGUUAUAGCCCAAACAAUCCAGGAAAAUCACCUUGUGUCUUUUGUUAGAAAUUUAAAAAUUAAAAGGUUGAAUCCUAUGCUUCUCUCCUUAAUAAAGCCCUGUUUGCUAAAUAUUCGUCAUCUCAAAACUAUUAUUAUUCUAAGGACAUUAAUGAUAUAAUUGAUGAGGAAUCUACACCAGCAGUUGUCUUUUAUAGAGAUUUGGAGUGUAUAGUAGAAGAAGAAGAAUAUUUGAAGAGGUAUUAAUUUAUUCAUUAAAAGAUCAUAUGCCAAAAAAGAAGCAACUUCUAAAAUUAAAGCUUUGCUUGAAUACUAUAAAUAUCAUAAAGAUAUACCUAGACUCUUUAUGCAAAAAGUCUAUAUAACUAUAAAUAAGUUUCAUGAAAAGAAAAGAAGAAUAGAAUAUGCAAAUAUUAAAAGGAGAUUAAAUAUCCCAGAUGAAGAUAUAGUAAUAAUAAUAAUAUAUAAAAUUCUAGUAACCAUCAAAAAAAAAGGAAAAAAAGAAAUAGAAGCAUAGUGAUGAAGAUUUAUCAGUGGGUUAGUUAAAACAUUUACUAAAGGAUUUGAAAUUAGAUACAAAUUCCUAUCUCUAAAAAAAAGUUGAUAUCUCAAGUAGUGUAUAAUUACGUGAAUUCGUAUAAUAAAUUGGAUAAAAAUAUGAUUAUCUCGGACAAAUUUCUGGUUUAUUGUCUAUUGAUUAAAGCAAUAGUUUUCUCUUAAGAUCACAAGAUCUAUCAACCAUAAACAAGAAUUUAAAAUAAAAUUACCUUAUCAAUCAUAAGCCUUAAUAAAAUUAAAAUUCUAAAGUACAAAUUUUAGAUUCUAAAACUACUCAUUAAAUUAGUUAUUAAGGAAGUCUUGAUAAAAUAAAUUUUAAUAGAUUAUAAUUUAAUAAUCAAGGAGAAGUAUCAUCAUUAAAAGCUGAAAACUCAAUUAAAGUAGGAGAACAAACUAAAAGAUCUCAUCAAGAAUAAUCACCUUUAAGAAAUUCUUAAUAAUCUUAAACAAUAUAAAAAGUAUACUCUUAAAUUGAAGGCUUUGCUAAUUUUGUGUAAAAAUAAUAAUAAUCCUUAUAAAAAUAAUAAAAACAAAACUAUGGUUAAAAGUCAAAUUCUUAAAGAAAAGUUAGUGCGAAUUUCAAUUCAACUGAUUGUUAAUUUAGAUUACCAAGUAGAUAAGGUUCUACAUAAAAACAAUCUGCUGAAUUGUAGUCUUAUUAAGUGAAUUUCUUGUAAAUAUAUUCAUAAUAACUAUUAAUAGAAGAACCAGAGUAACUUCCUAAUUAUAAAAAUAUGAUGAUGAUUAUAAGAGUAUCAAAAAUGUAUAAAUAUCAAUUUAUUUCAGCAACCAUUAGCAACAGAUAGAAUUCAAAGAUCUAGUGUUUAUAAUAUAGGUGAAAAAAGUUAACAGAAAUCUUCAUCAAAAAAUAUGUAAGAAUAUCAUAUAAAUUUUAGAUAAAAAAUACCAUAGAAAUUCACUUAAUAUGCAUUAGCAACAUUGAGAAAUCUAUAAGUAAAAAAUUCUGAAGUGAAGAAAAAAUAAACUGUUAAUGCAAAUAAUAUGCAGGGACCCACAUUGAAUUCUUAAUUAUUACAUUAUAGAACUAAAUCCUAAGAUGCCGUAGGAACUUAUAAAACAUCUCCUCCAAAGUAGCCUAUUAGAUAAGAUAAUUCAAAAGAUCCAUUAAGAAUUACAAAUAACAUUUGUGUUUAAGCGUCAUCAAAAAAGGGAGGUGGUGUAUACAAUAUCAACUAAAAUAAUAUAGUUAAUAUUUAUAUUGAAGAUUUGAAAUCUUCUGCCAAAAUAAAGUAAGGUGGGUCGUAAACUGCUCGAAUUAAUAGUCCCUAAAAAAAUAAUCCUAAAGGUAUUUUCGAAGUCUAUAACACUUAAAGAUCUAAUUUAAGUCCUGAAAGCAAAAAAAUGGUUUGA